AUGGACAGGUUUAGGCUCCACUUCCUCCUCGGGGAGGAUGCUCCUGGCGCCGCCCGGGCGGGAACCGCCCGCUCUGUCGUCCCCGCUGGUUCAGCCGGCGCCUUCCCAUCUUCCUCUUCCGAUCGGAAUCGGAUCUUGGUCCGAGAUCCCAGCAGGUGUCCCCUCCAUCCUGGGAACGCCUCCCAGAAAUUUUGAUCGCAUCUUUUUUUUUCUUUACAUUUUUCUAGAACACUAUCUCCACUCUUUCUCCGCCACAGCGUCGAUUAUCGGGAGAAUUCACCGCGGCGAUUCUUUCCUUUGAUUAUUUCUACUGGAUUUCUACUUGAUGCGUGCAAUUCUGGGAUCCGCUUCGAUGAACGCCAAGUAUUUUAAGGGCUAACAACCAGAUAAUCCUCCAGGUUGGACGCCUUUGGCUUCCUUUUUACCGUUGAUUUUCUCAGUCGAUUAAAAACUAAUGGUUUUCAUCGUAGCGAAUUCUGUCUGUGAUCCUGAAAAUCUUGAAAAUCUUCACCGUUGACCAAACAUUCCUCGGAGGAGGGAGAAGAGAUUGCACCGAAAAACUAAGGUCAACUCUAGAGAAUUGAGUAUCUGACGAGGCCAAUAUCACAGCUAUAUUCAGAGUUUGGGCACCGAAUCCUCAGACCCCUGCCUGUUCAUCCCCAAAUCCGUCACCUGCUGAGCGUCUCAUAAAACCUAUUCUGAACCAAGAACACUCAAGAACACAGACAAUCUUUUCAGGCCUAGAUCCUUUUGACAUUUUGAAUUCAGUCGGUUCAUGCUAGCAUUUGCAACCGAGUUUUUUGGUUGAAUCGACCUCUUUUGGGUGACCCUUUUUAUUUCUAACCUGAUGAACACAGCUUGGCCUUGAUCACGGUCUCAAGGAUUCAUCAAAAUCCUGAUCCAUAACCGUGCAGAAAAUUCUCAUCCGCUCGAUCGAAGUGAUUGAAAACCUAUUCCUGGUCGAAUGAAUAUCUGGACCAUAUUUAAUCAAAUCAUAAAUCAAAGCAUACACACCAAAAUUAAAUCUGCUAUGCAUGUAAAUUUUUCAGGAGAGUGGUCUCCUUAGCCGCAUGCUGCGGUAUCUGUCUGGCAAGCUUUGCGGCGGGGAUAGUCGCUGGAAUCGCCCUGAAGCGCCGCCUCCAGCGGUGGGCCACCAAACUGAUCAAGCCCCAUCUCCGGCGAUGGGCCAAAAGCUUCAUCAGUCGCCGUCUCCGGCGAUGGGGCAGCAAGUUGCUCCCGCCGCCUUUCCGGCACUGGGCCGCCAAAUCAAAGAGGCGAUCGAAGAAGGAUUGA